AUGCAACCUCCAGACGUUGAGCUCACGACCAAGCCGCUCGGCAGCCAGGUCGAAUUCGCCGCGGGCGGCGGCGGCGGCGACAUUGCCAUCCAGGGGCUGGCCAACCAAGAACUUGCCUUCACCGAAGAAGAGAGCAAUGCGGUCCUCCGCAAGAUCGACCUGCGAAUCUUGCCGCUCGCCGCGGUGGCCUGCGGGAUGCAAUAUGUGGACAAGGCCGGCCUGGGAUCUGCGGCAACAUACGGCCUUCGAGAAGACCUGGGCUUGGUGGACCAAGAAUAUUCCUGGGCCGUGUCCAUCUUCUACUUUGGCUGUCUGUUGGGCUCGUUCUUUGCCGGGCCCAUCCUGCAGCGCUUCCAUGUGGGCAAACUGUUGGGCGUCGCCUACUUUCUUUGGGGGUGCACCUUGUUGGGCUGCAUGGGCGCGAAGGGGUUUGCGUCUUUGGCCGCGUUGAGGUUCCUGCUGGGCCUCUUCGAAUCCGUCCUCGUGCCCGGUCUCCUCCUCAUCACGACCAUGUGGUAUACUCAUCGAGAGCAACCCGCUCGACUUGGCCUGUGGACUGUGCUGAACGGAGCUCUGCCCAUCCCUUUCCUGGUCGUCUUCUGGGGGCUCGGCCAAGUGAAGGGCGGCCCGCUUGUACCCUGGCAACUCAUCUUCCUGCUUUUGGGGCUGUGUACUUGCAUCUUGGGCACCAUCAUGUUUUUCUUUCUGCCAGAUACACCCAGUGAGGUUACAUGGUUGAACGAACGCGAGAGGGCCGUGGCCAUUGAACGAGUGGCCAAAGACCAGACGGGAAUCAAAAACACAACUUUCAAGUGGGAACAGUUCAGAGAAGCCUUGACCGACUUCCGAGUCUGGUUGAUUCUGGCUUCCAUGUUUUUCUCUCAGGUUGCCGGGAGUGUGACGACCAAUUUCCUCGGAAUCAUCAUCAAGGGGUUCGGUUAUACCGCGUUGAAAGCUCAACUACUGUCUGCACCCAACUAUGCCAUCCAAACUGUGGCAGUACUUCUGGUGUCUUUCCCCCCCAGCUACGUCCGUCGACUCCGAAACUGCAAGCAGCCUCUCACGGCGAUUGCGACCAUCAUUGCUCUAAUUGGCACCAUCAUCUUAUAUGUGACGCCAUCUGAAGUCGAGUACAAAUCGCGAAGGCUGGGCGCAGUCAUCAUUCUCUCUGCCGCGGGAUGCAAUUACAAUGUCAUCAUGUCGGUCAUCGCGGCCAACAUCGGAGGUUUCACCAAGAAGCAAGUCACCACCUCACUGACGUUCGUUUGUUAUUGCGCCAUCAACAUCAUCUGUCCGCAGACCUUCCUGCAAAGCGAGAGCCCGAGAUUUCACACCGGUCUGACAUUUGUCAUGUGUAUGCUGUGCGUGUAUCUUUGUCUGUUGGCCAUCAAUUGGACCGGCAUGAGACUAGAGAAUCGUCGCCGAGACAAAUUGGCCUUGACGGAUCCGGCCUACGCCCUGGGUGACAUGAGCGUCGAAAUCAUGUCUGGUUUGAGAGACGAGACGGACAAACAAAACAAGCGCCACAGAUACUCGGGUUAA